AAAUGCAUUGUAGCAGGAGUGUAAACGUCUCCUAUGUCAGGCGCGUGUGCGGCCACGCGUGCAUGGUAACCGUCAGCAGAACCGUCGCUGAACACGUGACACCGCAUAAUUCGCUCUUUUUUGGACGUGAUGAUUCAGUUUCCAUGCUGCAUUUAUUGCGAUGAGUAUAUAAGGGAAACCGUUUGUGGUUUCCCCUCACUUGUUCAAACUUUCAAAAAAUUUCCGGUGAGAGAAAAAAAGUCCUCCCUCUUCUCAGAUAAGGUUUCCUGAAAUUCCGGUAAGAUUGUUUGAGUUUUAGUACUCAUUUUCUUUUCUUCCACAUCUCUAUGGCUGAACCAUCAAAUCCACACAAUGUAGAGGGUGAAAACCCUGAACAACAGUCGUCGGCGGCGGCUGAUGAAGAUGAAGAUGAUGAUGGUGGUGCAACCAGUGGUGGUCUGCCGGUACUGAAGUGGUCAAAGGGUCAAUUUAAUACCCUGAUGACCAGUGUACAAAUGGCCGAUGAGUGGGCUGCAACUUACCCACAAGAGGGUGACACUGGUGCCGAUGCUCCGGCAGGAUUUAUCACUUUGUGGGCUGAGUUUUUUAACGAUGGCAACCUCUGACUGCCUGUGACGGUGUUCGUUGCCGAGGUGUUGGAAUAUUAUCACCUGCAUAUUUCCCAACUCAGUCCAUUUGGGAUGUUCCGGAUUAGGAACUUCGAGUACACUUUCCGCGCUCUUGGUCUGGACGUUACUGUUGAGAAUUUCCGGCGGUUCUACCAGUUAACGAUAAACACCGGGUUUUUCUCUUUCAACCAGCGAUAUGGGAGUCCGAAGUUGAUGACCCCACCGAAGGGUCUUACCAAGUGAAAAAGGAGGUUUUUCUAUGUUAAAGCUUGUGCGGUGUAUGCCAACAUGACCUUUUGGAACGUGAAUGUGGGCGUUACUGGGGAAGAUAUCGCUCUUCCCACCGCAAAGACUGUAGAUUGGUUCUCUAGGCUGAAGCCUAUUGAACUUAAGAAACUUGACAACAAUGAACUUUGGGUGUUGCAGAUGAUGCUAACUCGACCCGAUAGGAGGGCAAGGCCUGUUGUGCGGGAAAAAGUGGUGGUAAGCAUCAUCACCCUUGUGCGAUUUCCUUGUUUCCUUUUCUUGUUUUGCUAAUCUUGCGUGUUUUAUCAGAGAACGCUCCUUUGUGGAGGAUGUUUGAGUCAGAUUUCGGGGGCAAGGUGGAGUUGCUUCCGUGUGGGGAACCGGAAGGUUUUAACUUGGAGAUCGUUGGCAAUUUCCGCGUUCCCCCGCGUAAGGUGUUGAAUGCACCCAUGCCAGUAGGCAAAGGUAUUUUCUAAGAUUUCCUUGUUUGUUUAAAGUUCACCCUUGUAAUCUGCUUGCUUGAUUGUGUCAAAUGCAGGUAAUCUUGGGGACUUAGGGAAGUUUGAAGUGAAAACUGGCCCUAAGAAACAUGUGGAGAGGAAACAGGUGAAGAAACCCGCGCAGGGUCGCGGUAAGGGAAAACCUGAGGGUUCUGUUGCCCCUCCUUUGGUGUCGCAGGCGGCAGGUGGUGGUGCGGCUGCAGGUGAGACCUCUGCGGGUUCGCAGCCUGCUGAUGAGAAGAAGAGAAAACCAGAGCAGAAGGCUGCUGGCGCUGGUGAAAUGAAGCGUCGGAAGAUACAGACCAAAAGGUCAACUGGUGUGACGCAAAAGAAACCCGCGGUUACUUCUGGUAAGUGUUUUACAACUUUUGCAAGUGUUUUGUAUGCACAACUUGUUUUCUGAUAGUUAUUGUUUUCUUGUUUUGCAGAACCGCAACGAAAGGACUUCUCCUCUUUGUUUGAGAUGCCUUCUUCUCCCCCGCAUGACACAGCUACGGAUGCGGGGGUGACUAAAGAAUUUAUCGAUCCUUCUGCUAAGGUGGUGCCUGAUCCUUCAGUACAGGCAGAGGAGACUGUGGGGAAGCUGCGUCCCAGAUUUUCGAUACUGUUGAUUCUUCCGACAACCUAAUCUCUCCAAAUGAUGCUGAUAAUUUGGACUUGAGGUUUUCUGAUGCUGGAAAACAAAAAUCUGGUGUUGAACAGCAGAAGUCUCCUGCUGCUGAGAAGGUUUCUGGUUCCCCGUCUGGGGGUGCGGGUUAUGAAGGGCCUCCAAUUCAGCCUGGAGAGUCUGAGCUGGAGUACUAUUACCGCACCUAUACCCCGGACCGGAGUACCAGCUAUCACCGACUCCCCUGGAGCGUUAUGCAGGAGGAUGAUAUUUCCAAUGAUCCUUCUGCUUGCAAGGAGAUUUUAGGUGGUCUGGGCACUCCGUUUGAAGUUGAUCGUGCCCGUGCCGCCUCCCGUGAACUUCGUAUCAACCAACUCUCUACCAUGCUUGUGGGGAGUUCCAUAGUGGCGAAUGCCAUUAUGGAAGACUACAAGGUGUUGGGCCGCAGGGAGGAGGAAGCUGCGCGCUUGCGGGCUGAGGCAGAAGAGAUGGUGAAAGCUGCUCGCGAAGGUGCGGAGCAGCUUGAAAAGGAUAGGGUUGCUUUUGAGAAGCACAAGCAGACCGAGGAGCGGGCUGCAACUGCUGAGCUUAAACAGAUUCGUACUCUUGCCAAGUUACUUUCUGAUGAAUGCAAGAGUUGGAACGAAAAACUUUCUGAUGAGCGCAAGAGCUGGAAAGUAUCUUGGGCCAAACAGAAUGAAACAUUGUUUCGUGUUCGUCAGGAGUUGACUAAUGCCAAGGCAACGAAUGCUGCUUUGGGCAAGGAGAAGGUUGCGGCUGAAGCGGUUGCUGUUAAGGCCCAAGAGACAGAGGCCCGGUUAUCAAAGGCGUUUGAAGAGGCCAAAGAGGCGGGGGCCCGUGCUGCAAAGGCCCUUGAAGAGGCCAAGGAGAGGGAGGGCCGCGCUUCUAAGGCUCUUGAGGAAUCGAAUGCUGAGCGCACCCGUUUGAACCAGGUCGUUGGGAGCCUCCAGGCUGAAGUGAACAGUCGCGAGGCCAUUCUUGCUGAGACUGCUGCCCGCGCAACUGAAGCUGAAAGCGGGCUAACGAGGCUGCUGAGGCUAGAGAUGGCCAUACCUCUACGUUUAACCAGCUUGAUACUGAUCGUGAGUGGAUGAGGUGUCACGGUAUUGCACAUAUUGUUAAAGCCAUCAUGGAUGCGCCUGAGACUAUAACUGGUAUAGACUUAAUUAAGCAGCGUGCCCGGGAUGCUGGUUUUAAAGCUGGUUACAAUCGAUGCAUCAGCCACAUAAACAUC